AUGUCUACUUCAGUCAAAGGACGGGACAAUGUCCUGUCAAGGGCUGAGAUCGAAGGCAUGAUUGCCGAGAAUAAGUUGAUUAUCAUUGUGGACAACAAAGUACUCAGACUCGAUGCUUGGAUCAAGUUUCACCCUGGCGGUGGCAUGGCCAUCAAGCACAUGGUUGGCAAAGAUGCCACAGAUGAGGUCAACGCACUGCAUUCACAGGAAGCGCGCCAGCGCAUGAACAAAUUCCAGAUCGGUCGAAUCGAAGGAAGAUGGACCAACUUCCUCCCACCUAUUCAAGGUGGCACUUUCCGCCCAUACUGCGAGGCCUUGCAAGCAACAGAUGAGUAUGAUUUGUUGAUCUCUGAGGCCUCAAGUGAGGAAGCUUCAGCUCCACCGUCACCAAUCUUCGAAGCCGCAGACGACAAAUUCGGCCUAAGACGCAGGUUAUCCGUAUCCACGAUAUCCUCCUCGAUCAGCACCACUCCUCUAUCAACAACCGAAGCCAAACGUCAGACCUGUGUGAUCGACGCACGAACUCAACAGGAGAUUCAGUUGGACGAAUCCAAGUAUCCUCCUCUCGAUGCUGAGCAUCAAGAGAACAUCACACAAAAAUACCGCGAGCUCAAUGAGCGAAUUCGCGCAGCCGGGCUUUACAACUGCAACUAUUACUCCUACGGAGUUGAAAUAUGCCGAUACUCAUUAUUCUUCGGCCUGUUCGUUUACUUUUUGAAGAAUUCUUGGUUCUGUUUGUCUGGCUUCUUUCUCGGGUGCUUCUGGCACCAGCUGGUCUUCUCUGCCCACGAUGCUGGCCACAUGGGUAUUACGCACGAUUUCCAGACAGACACUGUGAUUGGUAUGAUUAUCGCGGACUUUUUGGGUGGCCUCAGCCUUGGCUGGUGGAAGCGAAGCCACAAUGUCCACCACAUCGUCACCAAUGCCCCAGAGCACGAUCCCGAUAUCGAGUUGAUGCCCUUUUUCGCCGUGUCGCAACGCUUCUUCAAGAGUCUGCGCAGCACAUACUACGAUCGUAUCAUGGAAUAUGACGCGGUAGCUAAGGUCACUGUCAAGUACCAGCACUACUUGUACUACCCGAUCCUCCUCUUUGGUCGCUUCAAUCUCUAUUACCUGAGCUGGGAGCAUAUCUACCUUGGCCUCGGUCCUAAGCACGGCGCAGGCUGGUGGCACCGAUGGUUCGAGCUCGCCGGUCAGAUCUUCUUCUGGAUUUGGUUUGGAUACGGCGUCGUCUAUCUGAGCAUUCCCGGUCUAUUUAACAAGGUCGCUUUCGUUCUCAUCUCGCAUAUGGUCACUGCUCCACUCCACGUGCAGAUUACCCUCUCUCACUACGCUAUGUCCACCGCGGAUCUCGGUCCCCAGGAAUCAUUCCCUCAAAAAAUGCUCCGGACAACAAUGGAUGUGGACUGCCCGGAAUGGCUGGACUUUUUCCACGGCGGACUCCAAUUCCAAGCGAUUCACCACUUGUACCCUCGCAUUCCUCGCCACAACUUGCGCAAGACGCAGAAGCUUGUCAAGGAGUUCUGCGAAGAUGUGAAGAUUCCCUACGCAGUCUUUACUUUCGUUGAUGGAAAUAAGGAAGUUAUUGGUCGUCUUGCGGAUGUCGCUAAGCAGGCGAGGAUUUUGGAGGAGUGCCGCAAGGCAUGCGCGGAGCAAGGCGUUUUUUCGGAUCAUCAUCAUUCCCAUUGA